AUGGACAACUUCAAGAACCUCAACCUGGGGUCGACCUUUAGCGGUUUUGGGAGCACCGUCGGCUCCUUUGGGUCACAGUUCACCCCCUUCGCCUCCCGCACCUUCCAGUCGACCAAGGAGAUGCUGGGUCAGACAGACGAUAAGACCCAGCUCCCACCCGACUACAUCGACCUCGAGAAGCGUGUCGAUGCCCUGAAGCAGGUCCACCAGAAGAUGCUGGCUGUGACCAACCAGUACUCGAAGGAAGCCUAUGACUACCCAGCCAACAUCACCGAGACUUUCAACGACCUCGGUCGCACCGUCAGCGAGAAGGUCAAUCUCCUCUCUUCGGCCUCCUCGCCCGCCGAGGCCCAGGCCGCCCUGACCGCACCUCCUUCUGCGAAGCCCCAGCCCAAGACGUUCGCCCACGCCAUCGCCCGCGCCUCCCUGGCUAGCAGCCAGCUCCUGCAUCAGCAACACACUGGCACCGGUGACGACCCACUUGCGGCCGCCCUCGAGAAGUUCGCCCUGGCUGAGGAGCGAGUCGGUGAGGCCAGACUCGCCCAGGAUGCGCAGAUCCAGAGCCGGUUCCUGGCAGGAUGGAACACCACUCUGAACACGAACAUCAUGUUCGCGACGCGCGCGCGCAAGGGAGUCGAGAAGUCGCGCCUGACGCUGGAUGCGGCCAAGGGAAAGGCCAAGGGAAACACAUGGAAGAUCCCCAUCAGCCCCGAGGCGCAGGAGGAGAUCGAGAAGGCCGAGGAUGAGUUCGUCACACAGACCGAGGAGGCUGUUGGUGUGAUGAAGAACGUCCUUGAUACCCCUGAGCCGCUCCGCAACCUUGCCGAGCUCAUCGCCGCUCAGAUGGAGUACCACAAGAAGGCCUACGAGAUCCUCAGCGAGCUUGCGCCUACCAUCGAGGGUCUGCAGGUCGAGCAGGAGGCAAGUCGCGCCUCGGGUUACUCGCUGCCCUGA